AUUGUCCGGUCUGAACCACACAACACAGUUUCCGGUCUUAGCCUAUUAGGCUCUUAGCUCAGCUGUAGCUGUACCGAACUGUGUAAGGGCAUAUACCAUAUGAACCCUUCAAUCCACCAACGACAAAAUCAAACCCAGCGUAUCAACAACCUUCUAACGACUUCUCGGAUCUUCCCAUCUUGACCCUUGCUUUCCUUCUCUGAGUAUUUUAUCUUCUCAUCCACCCACUCCCCCGGCUCUCCAUUUCACACCACUUGCUUCACUCUCCUUUCUCCGCCACUUCUCACUCAGUCAUCCUCACCAGCAGCAGCUGCUGGAACCUCCCGCCGGCAGAACGCCAUGGCCUGCUCAGCUACCUCCGCCGCUCUUAUCUCCUCCAUACCGGCCACCAAAUCCAUGGCUUCUCCCUUAUCUAAACCUUCCAAAACCCUAGCCCCUCUUCCCAACUCCUUAUUCGGCCUCCGCAAGCCCCUCUUCCAAUCCUCCGCCUUCGCCAAUGCUCCCUCCUCCGCUAACCGCGCCCUCAGGAAGAGCUUCGUCGUCAAAGCCACUAGUGAGCUUCCUCUGGUUGGAAAUGUAGCUCCCGAUUUUGAGGCCGAAGCUGUUUUCGACCAGGAAUUCAUCAAGGUUAAGCUCUCGGAAUACAUUGGGAAGAAGUACGUUAUCCUUUUCUUCUAUCCUUUGGAUUUCACCUUUGUCUGCCCCACAGAGAUAACUGCAUUCAGUGACAGAUACGCUGAAUUUGAGAAGAUCAACACUGAAGUUUUGGGUGUCUCAGUUGACAGUGUGUUCUCGCAUCUUGCUUGGGUCCAAACCGAUAGAAAAUCCGGUGGCCUUGGCGAUCUGAACUAUCCUUUGGUAUCUGAUGUCACUAAGUCAAUCUCCAAAUCGUUUGGAGUUCUCAUCCCUGACCAGGGAAUUGCUCUGAGAGGACUGUUCAUCAUAGACAAGGAGGGAGUCAUCCAGCACUCAACUAUCAACAAUCUCGCCAUUGGGCGAAGUGUUGAUGAGACACUGAGAACACUCCAGGCUUUGCAGUACGUGCAGGAAAACCCAGACGAGGUGUGCCCAGCUGGGUGGAAGCCUGGGGACAAGUCGAUGAAGCCUGACCCAAAAGGGAGCAAAGAGUACUUUUCGGCAAUUUAGAAGCGGAGAGUAUAAGCCAAGUAUCUCGUAAGCAUUGUUCAUUGGGAAAGCUGAUGUAAUCGAGGAUUUUUUUCUUCUUUUUUUCAUUCUCUGUAAUCUGUACCUUUUAGCGGUUAGACCCCUUCGGAGUGCCUUUUCCCGCUAGAAUAAUCGCACUGGACGAGUGAAAAAGCUCAGACAUUUUCCUAUGAGGCGGAUGGAAAAAGAAAAGAGUACGUAUUUUUUGGGUUCAUAAUCGUUACGGGCAUGUUUACCUUCAUGUUUUCCUGUUUUUUAGAAAAUGGUAGCAGAUCAUGUCAGUAACUGAUGGGUUAUUAACUCGUCAGUAAUCAGGGCCGGCCAAGAGGGUGUGCCGGCCCGUCCUCUGGCACAGGGCCUCCGAAUAUUAGGGGCGCACUUAAAUUCGUUAGUUACCGAUAGAAUAUUGCAGGUUGUUUUUUAGUGUAUGAUUGAUAGAUUAUGAAUAUGAUGACGAAUUUAAUAGAUAGUUUUAGCUAUAAUAACAAUUGAAAAAGAUUUCAUGGAGAAUACGAAAAUCAGAGAGAUAAUAGAUAAUUUAAAUUUAA